AUGGCCAACCACGGCUGGCGGAAGGCCGCCUACGCCGGCGGGCCGUCGCCGCCGGGCAGCUCCCCAUCGCGUUUGGCGUUUAACCAGGCGGAGCACCGCCGCCCGAGCGGCGCCUGGGCCCCCCUGCCGGAGUAUUUCAACGAGGGCGGCUUCGGCCCCGACGGGGUGGGGGCGCGCGCGCUCAAACUCGUCCGGGGGGACUUCGUCGCCCCCCAGUUGGCCCCCUCGCGGGCGGAGCAGUUCCCUGUGUCGAAGAUGGACGGCUUUUUGGCCAACCCCGCAAAGCAGCGGCCCUCGCGCGCGAGCUCGGAGCCCCGGCCCCUGCCCCAUGUCGGCUCGGUCUACUCCCCUUGGAGUAGUUCGGGGGGCUCGCGCGAGGCCGCGAAUCGCGCGGCCUCGCCGGGCCCGUCGUCGUCCUCGGGCUUCUCGAUCGCCUCGGUUCGCUGCGAGCGGCUGCCGUAUUUGCUGUCCGUCCGGCAGUUGUUGGCGGAGCGGGGCCUCGGCGGGGGGGAUGGGACGCUUUCGACGCUGUCCUCCUCGGGGAUCGCGCUGGAGGACUGGGGGGGGGGGGCCGCCCUCGCGGGGGAUUAG